AUGGCAACCGAAUUUGAACAGAACGCCACGAGCGACGCCGACAAUGUAGCCGCCGAAUCGCCGGCCACAACGAGCAUCUUCAAGCGCAUGCUGUGGUGUCCACCGUGGACACGCUGGGAUCCCGAUGCGAAACACGAGCUCGACUGGAGCAAGAUCAUCCUGUUUGCACUUACUGCCGCGUGCAGUGUAGCGAACCUGUACUACAGCUAUCCGAUCCUCAACGUCCUGGCUCACGACUUUGGCGUCACAGAUGAGCGUGCAUCUCUGGUGCCGACAAUCACGCAGGCCGGCUACGCAUGUGGGCUCCUUUUUGUGAUCCCAAUUGGUGACCUCGUUCCUCGUCGUCCCUUCAUUCUCGUGUUGAUGACCAUCACCGCAGUCUUGUGGCUCGGCUGCACCUUGACAUCGUCCUUCUCGGCAUUUCUAGGACUGUGCUUCGUCGUCGGCGUCACCACCCUCAUGUUUCCCUUGACGACGCAGUACGCGCCCCAGAAGCACAAGGCCAUGAUGAUCUCUAUCGUCAUGUCCGGCAUAGUCUUUGGGAUCGUGGUCGUGCGCAUCCUCGCCGGGGUGGUCGCCCAGUUUACUUCGUGGCGCGUGGUGUACUGGGUCUCCCUUGGCUGGCAGCUCCUCAUCAUCGCCCUGCUCUUCCUAACCAUGCCCGACUACCCCAUCCUGCGGCCGGGCACAUCUUACCCGGCCAUACUCCUCAAGAUCGUCAAGCUGCCCUUUCAGUACCCCGUGCUGACGCAGCAGAGCCUGAUUGCAUUCAUGGUCAUGGCCGUGUACACCAACUUCUGGACGACCCUGACGUUCCAGCUCGCACACGUAUUCAGCCUCACGACCCUAUCCAUCGGCCUGUUCGCGCUCAUCGGCCUGGGCCCCGUCCUGCUCAACCCGUUCAUCUCACGCGUCCUCACCUCCCGCGUGCACCCCACGGGCACCCUGCUCGUCGCCCUGACCACAGCCAUCACGGGAGCAUGCGUGGGCACUUUUGCGGGGACGGUCUCGCUCGCGGGGCCCGUCGUGUGGGCGCUGCUGGGGGACCUGGCGAUGAACACGAGCGUCGUGGCGAGCCGGAUGGCGUUCAGCCACGUGGAGCCGAGCGCGCAGAACGCGGUCAACGCCGUGUACAUGGUGUUCACGUUCUGCGGACAGCUCUGCGGCACGGCCGCGGGGAAUGCCCUGUAUGCGCGGCACGGGGGGUGGCUGGCCUCGGGCGGUCUGGCGAUCGGGAUGCUGGGCGUUGCGAUUGUGCUCUGUGUGGCCAGGGGUCCGCACGAGGCUGGGUGGGUUGGCUGGAAAGGCGGACAGCCACGUAUUCUCGUGCAGUGUGAUUUACGAUAA